UCCAGCGGACGGUUGCUGAGCAGACCUGGGGUGCCAGGUCGCGGCGCCUCCCGCUGGACCGUCGCUACUCCAUCUAUCGGUCUCCAGCGAGCUAAACCGAGCCCGCGCCGGACAGGCAGCCUGGACUGAGAGAAUUCUCUUGAGCUGGUGUCAGGUGCCAUAGGCCCUGGGAUCUCACCAGGAGGUGAUACACACAAAGCUGGAGGCCUGCAAGAUGGCAGAUGAUGCCUUGGCUGGGCUGGAUGAGGGAGCCCUCCGGAAACUGCUAGAGGUCACAGCGGAUCUGGCAGAGCGGCGGCGCAUCCGCUCGGCCAUCCGGGAGCUGCAGCGGCAGGAGCUGGAGCGAGAGGAGGAGGCCCUGGCAUCCAAGCGCUUCCGUGCGGAGCGGCAGGACAACAAAGAGAACUGGCUUCACUCUGAGCAGCGGGAAGCUGAGCAACGGGCUGCCCUGGCACGGUUGGCAGGGCAGCUGGAGUCCAUGAAUGAUGUGGAAGAGUUGACUACACUGCUGCGGAGCGCCGGUGAGUAUGAAGAACGCAAGCUGAUCCGAGCUGCCAUCCGCCGUGUCCGGGCUCAGGAGAUUGAAGCCGCCACCCUGGCUGGGAGAUUGUGUAGCGGACGUCCCAACAGCAGCUCCAGAGGGGACAGAGAGGAGCGGGUGGCACGCAGGCUGGACCGGCGUGAGGUGCCUGAACAGGAAGAACAGGAGCAGCAGACAAAGGUCCCAGAGUCAACCCCAGCCCCUAAGGACACCAGCCAGGAUGUGCUGAGGGCCCCACCUGAAGACACACCCAGCUCACCUGCCUCCCCCGACAGUACACCCACGGUGGCUUCUCCAGAGCCUCUGCUUGAGCCUGCUGGGGUCCCUUGUCCUGCUGCUGAGGCUCCAGGAAGUCCUGAGCCACCUCUCAGCCCACCACAGGCUCCCAGCCCUGAGCCUCCAGUGUCACCAUCACCUUCCAGCCCUGAGAGGCAGCCGGAGGACAAGCUCCUGCCUGGCUCCACAGAGUUUCCAGCUACCCAGAGUCCCACCAGGGGCCCCUCCAGUACCAAGAGAGCAGACCUAGCUGGACCCCAAUCCUGUCAACGCUCCUUGUCUGUGCUCAGCCCCCAACAGCCAGCCCAGAAUCAAGUAUCCACCCCUCUUGCCAGCGGACCUUCUCCCUUCCAGCGGGCUGGCUCUGUGAGAGAUCGUGUCCGCAAGUUUACCUCAGAUUCUCCUAUGUCUGCCAGGCUGCAGGAUGGCCCACCCCGGGCAGCUCUCACUUCCCUGACCCCCACAAGACUCCUGGGCCCCUCCCUCAUCAGUACCACUUCUGCCUCCUCCUCCAGCAGCUCCUCCUCUCAAGGCCCUAGUAACACCUCCUCCCGAUUCAGCAAAGAGCGAGGAACAGCUCAGCCCCUGGCCCAGCUUCAGAGCUGCCCCCAGGCGGAGGGCCCAGAGGGGCGGAGCUUGGCUGCCAGGUCCCUUGAAAACAGAGCAGGGGGGCCCAGGACCUGCUCAGAGGAGCCCAGUGCCCCACUACCCGCCAGCACUGCAGAAUCAGGGGGCAGUAUGAAGACCACAUUCACCAUCGAGAUCAAGGAUGGCCGUGGCCAGGCAUCCACAGGUCGGGUGCUGCUGCCUGCAGGCAACCAGAGGGCAGAACUGACACUGGGGCUGCGGACGCCCUCUACCCUCCUUAGCAGCAGCAGUAGGAGCAAGAGCACCAUCACCCAUGUCAGCCACCCUGGGCCCCAAGCCCGGCUGGGCAGUGUCACCCGUGUCACCACCUUCAGCCAUGCCUCUCCUGGUAGCCGAGGAGGCUACAGCAUUAAGACGGAGCCAGAGCCGGUGGAACCCCCCUCUACAGCAGUGGAAGUGGCUAAUGGCACAGAGCAGACCCGUGGGGACAAAGCCGCAGAGGGACGGAGUCCCCUGAGCCCUGAAGAGUUGCUGGCCAUUGAAGAUGAAAGCGUCUUAGACAAGAUGCUAGAUCAAGCUACGGAUUUUGAGGAGAGGAAGCUCAUCCGGGCUGCACUUCGUGAACUACGACAAAGGAAAAGAGACCAGCGAGAUAAAGAGCGGGAACGGCGGCUCCAAGAGGCCCGGGCCCGGCCAGGGCAGAGCCAAACCAACACAACCACAGAGACUACCACAAGGCACAGCCAGCGUGCGGCCGAUGGCUCGGCGAUCAGCACGGUGACCAAGACUGAGCGGCUCGUCCACACCAGUGAUGGCACAAGGACAGCCCGCACCACCACAGUGGAGUCCAGUUUCGUGAGGCGCUCGGAGAAUGGCAGUGGUAGCACCACAGUGCAAACUAAGACCUACUCCUCCUCUUCCUCUUCCUCUUCCUCCAAGAAAAUGGGCAGCAUCUUUGACCGAGAGGACCAGGCCAGUGCUCGGCCUGGUAGCCUAGCAGCACUUGAGAAACGCCAGGCAGAGAAGAAGAAAGAGCUGCUGAAGACACAGAGUCUGCCCAAGACUUCAGCAUCCCAAGCACGCAAAGCCAUGAUUGAGAAGCUGGAGAAAGAGGGCACUGCAGGCAGCCCAGGAGGGCCCCGCACACCUGUGCAGCGCUCCACUAGCUUUGGGGUCCCCAAUGCCAACAGCAUCAAGCAGAUGUUGCUGGAUUGGUGCCGAGCCAAGACUCGAGGCUACGAGCAUGUGGACAUCCAGAACUUCUCCUCCAGCUGGAGUGAUGGGAUGGCCUUCUGUGCCCUGGUACACAACUUCUUCCCUGAGGCCUUUGACUAUGGCCAACUGAGCCCACAGAACCGGCGCCACAACUUUGAGGUGGCCUUCUCAUCCGCUGAGAUGCUGGUGGACUGUGUACCCCUGGUGGAGGUGGACGACAUGAUGAUCAUGGGCAAGAAGCCGGACCCCAAGUGCGUCUUCACCUACGUGCAGUCCCUCUACAAUCACCUGCGGCGCCACGAGCUGCGCAUGCGCGGCAAGAACGUCUAGCGCCUCCCUCCCGCCGCCGCCGCCGCCCCGCCCUUCCCGCACUGCCCGCUCUCCGCGCGCCUGCGCACCGCCGUCUCGUCGGCCGCGACUGCCUUCCCUGCAAACACACGCCGCGUUUUGAUAAAUUAUUGAUUUUCAACGA